AAUGCCAUUUUAUUAAAAAAAAUUUUUGCCAUACUGCUGAUUAGUUACAGAGCAAUCCUAACAUUACACUUCUUAAUCUUGCAUCUAAUUUUCUUUAGACAUCAAAAAAGGAUAAUAGCAUCCAGUGAUUCCGGAAAGAAUCCUUUCAUCCUUUUGUACUGUCUACCUACUGGCCACUCUGCAACUGCCAUUGUUGAACACUGCAAACACAAUGGCAUGAUGGCAUCAACCAGUCAACUCUUACGGAGUGAAGCAGUUUGACAGUCACAAGAAUAAUUGGCCAUCGCAUCUCGUGAUUGGUACUGGCGCGUGAUAAGUGGAAGCUGCGCUCAAACCGAAGACCAAAGCUCGCGGACGUCAACGGUCAACCACUGCCGACACUAUAGGCCACAAUCUUGUGCAUAGCAUGCGCUGAUUGGCCAAUAUCAUAUUGGCAAUGGCAUGCUUCGAUGAUUGGUCCCAAGCACCCACCACACAUUUUCUUCUUAUCUUGUUGCUCACUUGUUCUGUUCUUGCCCGGUCAACUUGCGACGGCGAGCAGACCUAACAAAUGAUGAAAUCGCGGAACGCACGUCGCAGCGGCUUCACUGGCUCACUGCUACCAGUAUUCACACCUAGUUGAAUUCGGCUAUAAAUACACAAGAACCUUGCGGUUGCGGAGUAGAAGCAAGAAUUCGAUCGAGAAUCACCAUGAUGACAAGUAGAAUGUUUUCGGCAAUGCAGAUGCUGAUCAUGGUGGUGGUGGCAUUGGCCGGGCUAGCUGCCGGAGCGCGCGCCGGCGACAUCGCGAUCUACUGGGGCCAGAACGGCAACGAGGGCACGCUGGCGCAGACGUGCGCGACCGGUAAUUACAGGUUCGUCAUCGUGGCCUUCCUGCCUGUGUUCGGCAAGGGCCAGACGCCGGUGCUGAACCUGGCCGGCCACUGCGACCCGGCGUCGAACGGCUGCACCGGCGUGGGCGCCGACAUCAAGUCGUGCCAGAGCCUCGGCAUCAAGGUCAUGUUCUCGAUCGGCGGCGGCGUCGGCAACUACGGCCUGUCCUCCCGCGACGACGCCAAGCAGGUCGCGGCGUACCUGUGGAACAACUACCUCGGCGGCACGUCGCCGUCAAGGCCGCUCGGCGACGCCGUCAUGGACGGCAUCGACUUCGACAUCGAGAGCGGCGGGGGCAUGUACUGGGACGACUUGGCCAGGUACCUCAAGGCGUACUCGCGGCAGGGGAGCAGCAAGAAGCCGGUGUACCUGACGGCGGCGCCACAGUGCCCCUUCCCGGACGCGUCGCUCGGCGUCGCGCUCAGCACCGGCCUGUUCGACUACGUGUGGGUGCAGUUCUACAACAACCCGCCGUGCCAGUACAGCUCGUCCAACGGCGUGGGCAACCUGGCGAGCGCGUGGAAGCAGUGGACGUCGAUCCCGGCGGGACGGGUGUUCCUCGGCCUGCCGGCGGCGGCGGAGGCCGCCGGCAGCGGGUUCGUGGAGACGAGCGACCUGGUGUCGAAGGUGCUCCCCGUGGUGAAGAAGUCUCCCAAGUACGGAGGGAUCAUGCUGUGGUCGCGGUACUAUGACGGGCUCACGGGGUACAGCGACAAGGUGAAGUCCAGCGUUUGAGCUAGCCAGGGUAAGCUCGUGUCAGGUCGGCGUUCGCGUAGAAUCACACGUGCCGCGCGUUCCCUGCAAGAUGGAGUAGUUUCUACACAUUUCAGAACAAAGCAAACAUGUACAAUAAGAUGGCCGGCUUGUAUACUCAUUUAGAAGCAGAAAAAAUUGUGAGAAAUUUACGUGUUUGGUGUGUUCUACA